AUGAGCAACCCACAGGCUCCUCCCAAGGCCGGAGCCUCAGAGCUGGAGGUGAUCUCCCAGCAAGUGGAGGAGGAAAACCAGUGUGUGGCCCCUGUCCAGCUGGUCAGCUUCGCCUACAGAGAUUUGCCUUUGGCCGCCCUGGACAUAUCGCUGGCUGGAUCCCAGCUCAUUUCAAACCCAGACGAAGAGGACAACAGAGACGGGUCGAACUGGCUAAAGCCAUGCUGUGGGCGAAGGGCAGCGCUGUGGCAGGUCUGUCUGCUGUCGGCGGGCUUCAACUGUUUCCUGGUGGCCUGUGUCAUUCUGGUGGUGGUGCUGCUAACGCUGGAGCUGCUCAUAGACAUCAAGCUGUUGCAGUUUAAUAAUGCAUUCCACUUUGCCAGCAUCAUCCACUGGAUCAGCCUGGCUAUUCUCUCUGUGUUCUUCACGGAGACGGUGUUCAGGAUCGUGGUGUUGGGGAUAUGGGAUUACAUAGAGAACAAAGUAGAGGUGUUUGAUGGAGCUGUCAUCGUCCUCUCUCUGGCCCCCAUGGUGGCCUCCACAGUGGCCAACGGCCCCAGCAGCCCCUGGGACGCUAUCGGUCUCAUCAUCACACUGCGCAUCUGGAGGGUCAAGAGGAUCAUUGAUGCCUAUGUGCUGCAAGUGAAGGUGGAGAUGGAGCUGGAGAUCCAGCAGUAUGAGAAGGCCAAGGCGGUGAGGGAGGAACAGCUGGACCGUCUCACCCAGAUUUGCCAGGAACAGGCAUUUGAAAUCAGGCAGCUGAGGGCCCACCUGGCCCAGCAGGACCUAGAUCUGGUAGCAGAGCGUGAAGCAGCCAUGCAGAUCCACCACAUGUGGGGUAAACAGAGCAACAGUUUCCAGGAGGUGGAUGGACUGGCCUCUGGGGCCUCAGAGCUUCGCGGGCCGACUAAAGCAAGAGAGCCUGGAGGGCCUGCAGCUCACCACGGUCAGGACGACAUGAACAACUACAUCAGCCAGUACUACAGCGAGGCGAGCAGCGAUAUGGGGAUCCCGGACCCUGCACGGGUCAUCACCACAGCAGCCAUAGAUGUGCACCUGCCCAACAACCCCAGCCAUCUUCCCUCCUCGUUGGUGAGUGCAGACGCGGUGUCGUCCAGUCGCUUGCAGCGCACCGGCAGCUCCGUCAGCGAAGCCUCCACCACCACGGUGUCCCGCAGCAGCUUCAGCAUCCGCCAGCACAGCAUCAGCAGUCACACGCUGGGCUCCACCACGGAUUGCAGCUCCACGGUGCGCGAGGCCUCCACCUCCACGGAUUACAGCGACCAACGCUGCUACCCUCCACCCUACAGCAGCCCUCUGGCCCUGGGCCCUCAGCCGCGGGGCAGUCCCAGCGCCGUGAUGCAGGAGCUGCUCUCCUCUCUUUCUGAGAAUACCUGUCUCACCCAGAAGGUCCUAGACCCUGUUAACCUCAAACCACCCAGCCCGGCAGGUUCCACCAAAACCAGCCCCGAGCUGGAUCACAGGGUCAACAUCUACAACAAGAGGAACCAGGAGAGCAGAAUUGGGCUGCACUCCAAGCCUCUCAUCCAUCUGCAGGGCAACGAGCCUCUUCUAGAGGAGAAGUACAGGAUGAUGGAGCCGGUAGACAUCCCGGUCAACCGUCUGUCAGAGACAUAA